UUCAGGCUUAUUAGGAAAAGAGGGAGUUGUCCAAGAGCAGAGGAGAGGGGUUGCUGUGCGUAAAGUUUGGCAAUGAGGGAUGCGGGUCUUCUAGUUGGGAACAUUUGACUUUCUUUGGAGCCUUUACAUCUCUUCGUGGAGCUGCUGUCACUUCUCUCUCCGCCACUUUAAGUCUCUAGUCCCAACUUCAGCUUGUUUUCAUCGGCGUCCUCCCCGCUGGCUCCCGACGAGGAGGAUGGAGACGAGCCCCAUCCCGGUGGUGACGGUCCAAACCGCCCCCUUCGACGACCAGCGGCCCGGUAGCAGCGGGCUGCGGCGGAAGACGGCGGUGUUCGAGGGCAAGAAGAACUACCUGCAGAACUACAUCCAGAGCCUCCUGUCCUCCAUCGACCUGCGGGACCGACAGGGCUGCACCAUGGUGGUGGGCAGCGAUGGCCGAUACUUCAGCCGAGCUGCCAUCGAGGUGAUCGUGCAGAUGGCAGCUGCCAACGGGAUUGGUCGUCUGGUGAUCGGCCACAACGGCCUCCUGUCCACCCCUGCUGUUUCCUGCAUCAUCAGGAAAAUCAAGGCCAUUGGUGGGAUCAUCCUCACAGCUAGUCACAACCCCGGAGGUCCCGGUGGAGACUUUGGGAUCAAGUUCAAUGUAGCAAACGGAGGACCGUCUCCGGACACAGUGAUGGACAGGAUUCACCAGGUGAGUCGGACACUGGAGGAGUACGCCAUCUGCCCUGAUCUCCGCAUUGACCUCUCCAGGCUGGGGAGGCAAGAGUUUGACCUGGAGAACAAGUUCAAACCUUUCAGAGUGGAGAUCGUGGACUCAGUUGAAGUGUAUCUACAGCUGCUGAGAAACAUCUUUGACUUUACUGCCAUUAAAAGUCUCCUCACGGGAUCAGAUCAGCUGAAGAUACACAUAGAUGCAAUGAAUGGAGUGAUGGGCCCCUAUGUACGUAGGAUCCUGUGUGAUGAGUUGGGGGCCCCUGCUAACUCAGCAGUGAACUGUGUCCCUCUGGAGGACUUCGGUGGCUGCCCUCCUGAGCCCAACCUGACGUACGCCACCUCUCUGGUCGAUGCCAUGAAAGGAGGCGAGUUUGGCUUCGGAGCUGCGUUUGAUGCCGAUGGGGUAAGACUCUUCGUCCAUGUGAUGAUCACACAUUUUUUUAUAGUGUCUGUUCACUUCAACCCACAGAAACUGAACUGCUAUUUUAGUCACACCUACACACGGGGGAUUGCAGCCCUAAAUAGAAAUCUUCCAAGUUCAUCCCUCGUUGAUCUGGUAGCCAAGGCCAUGAAACUGGCGCUUUAUGAAACUCCGACAGGCUGGAGGUACUUUGGGAACCUGAUGGAUUCUGGGCGUUGUUCCCUCUGUGGGGAGGAGAGCUUCGGGACAGGUUCUGACCACAUUCGUGAGAAAGACGGUUUGUGGUCGGUGCUGGUGUGGCUCUCCAUCAUGGCGGCCAGGAAACAGGGAGUGGAGCAGAUAGUCAGAGAGCACUGGGCCAAGUUUGGACGCAACUACUUCUGCAGGUUUGACUAUGAAGGCCUGGAUCCUCGUGUAGCCUUUUACUUGAUGAGGGAUCUGGAAGCAGUAAUCUCAGACAAAGCAUUCCGCAGCCAGAAGUUUGCUGUAGGAGAGCACAUAUACAGCGUGGAGAAGGCAGACAACUUCGAGUACAUCGACCCCGUGGAUGGAACAGUGUCCCGAAACCAGGGUUUAAGGAUCGUCUUCACUGAUGCGUCACGCCUGGUGUUCCGGAUGAGCGGCAGCGGCGGAGGAACGGGCUCCACAGUUCGCAUUUAUGCUGAGAGCUUCGAGAGAGACCCUGAGAGACACAGCAGAGAGACACAGGUGGUGCUGGGUCCUCUCAUUGCCAUCGCCCUGAAGAUCUCCAGCAUCCACGAGCGGACAGGACGCCGCGGCCCUAACAUCAUCACAUGAGCUAGCAGAUAACACACACACACACACAUGCACACACAUGCACAUUCAUCUACCAGCUCACACAGACACAGAUCCCCUCAAAGCUUUUCUGCAGCUUCAGUUUUCAUUUUUCAUUUUUCCUUAAAUGACGACCUAACAGAGGCUGCAGGAGUUUAUCUCUGAAAAAGAAAAUGAAUGCUGCACGCUAUUAUCUCACCUGUGUAUUGACCACUAGUGUAAACUAUAGCCUGGUGUCUGAACCAGGGAGGCUAUUUAAUUAUGUCUAGGGAUUAAUAAUGAAAAAUGUGUUAACUGCAAACAAGUUAUGCGCAGACUGUCGAUUAAUGUUUGUGCCUUGCUUUUAUCAAAGAGAAAUUGUCCGUUUUGUAACUCACGCUGGUUUUGUAUAACGGUGCAGUGUUCACUUUUCAUGUUGCUUUCCUUUCCCUCUCAUAUGCAUUAUGUCACAGUGUUGUUUUUUUACAGCCAUUUCAUGCAGAAGUAAUCAUUUUGUCAAAGCGUAAAAAUAAAAGCGACAUUGCAUCACAGCUAAUAUAACAUAGUGACGGGAAUUACAGUGUUUGAAGUUGAAGCAUAUCUCGCUGCAUGAAGACGUGGGGAGUUUUCACACUCAUGUUUACUGCCUGAGGAGGAAAUGUAAAAUAAUGGCGCCUCAGCAAGAAAAGGAAUGAAGGAGAGGAAGAAAAAUAUAUUCUAAAAUGAUUUUACUCUUUUUCUUUAAUUUGUCAGUUUUGGCCUUUGGGAAUGCCACAUAACCAUAUUUGAAUAUAUUAUUUCUUUUCCAUUUUUAAAAAUCCAAAUAAACUUUUUUUGUGUGCA